AUGAAUGAAACACAAAUGAACAUUUCAACCAUGUUAUAUACAGACUUCAUCCUAGUAGGUUUCUCAGAUACUUACUAUCAUCCAGUUGUCUAUUUUCUAUCCUUUUUGACAGUUUAUGUCACAUGUUUUGUUGGAAAUACUCUUAUUGUAGCAAUAGCAUUAGCUUCUCCCAAAUUACAUUCACCAAUGUACUUUUUCCUGUGCAACCUAUCAGUAACAGACGUGAGCCUAAUAUCCGUGGUUAUACCCCAAAUGCUCCCUAAUAUAUUACUUAAAAAGCAAACUAUUUCCUUUAUAGGUUGCAUUACUCAAGUUUAUUUUUUUAUAUUUUUUGCUGGAGUUGAAUGUUUUAUCCUAGCUAUUAUGGCCUAUGACCGAUAUGUAGCUGUGUGUAAACCUUUCCACUAUGUAACAAUAAUGAGCAGAACGCUCUGCAUUCAGAUGGUUGUAUUUUCCUUGAUUGCUAAUUUAAGCCACUCUGUUCUUCAUACUCUUCUGAUCACAAGACUGUCAUUUUGUAAAUCUCACAUCAUCCAACAUUUCUUCUGUGAUCUGACUGCUCUUUAUAAACUGUCUUGCUCAGAUAUAAGGGUCAAUGAGCUUGUUAUCUUUACUGAAGGCUCUUUAGUGGCCAUAUUGCCAUUUUUGUUGAUUUUAAUCUCUUAUGUUCAUAUUGUAUGCUCUAUCCUAAAAAUGAGUUCUUUUACUGGGCAGAAAGCAGCAUUUUCCACAUGUUCAGCUCAUUUAACAUCCGUUAUCCUGUUCUAUGGAACACUGAUUUGCAUUUAUUUUCGUCCAUCAUCCUCAUAUUCUAUUGUGAGUGACAAAGUAGCAGCACUUUUUUACACAGUCCUUACUCCUACACUUAACCCAUUUAUAUAUAGCUUGAGAAACAAAGAUGUGAAGAGUCAAUUGAAGAAAGCAAAAUCCAAAGGCCACUUC